AUGUUCGUGUCAUUGAAAUACAAUAGGCAAAAGUAUGAAAGGGCUACAAAAGCCCAAACACUCAAAAGUUCUCCCGCACAUCUGACGAGCGCUAGCUCGGUCACGUCGAGUAGCACUGUGAACCUACAGAAACAGGUUCAAUCAUCCAGUUUCCCACUGACCGACACUAUGGCAGAAAGUAAUCAAAAUGAAACACAACCAACUGAGCAAGUGACGCUCCGGCCUAGGUCUGAACUUUUCAAAUUGAUUAAAAAAUAUUAUAAUUUUGUGGGACUGCCCAGGUACGAUUGGACAGUUUCAUUCACCUACAAUAAAAAUUUGUAUCUUGACGCUCUUAAGGUUAAGCGGUCAAAACCAUCACUAGAGGAGUCACUGUCAGUGAGUCUGGAAAUUGAGUCUGGCACAUUGAGAGGUGAUACGCCCGGUCCUUCAUUGUUGAAGCCAAACCUGUCCUCCUACGCGGAAGAGGUACCAUUGACUGCAACCCUUUCCAGUUCAAGAUCAGGGAUCAACAAUGCGGGGGGCUCUGGAAGUGCGACUAGACCAGGUAUAGAGCAUGAUCGGAGUAACAUCGUUUCAUUCAAUUACAACAAAGAAAAGUAUCAAGGUGCACUUGAGUCCAGAACAUCGGAAUCUCUUCAAGAUCAGAAGCCGAUUGCCAAGCCGGAUAAGGAGACUGAUACCGAAUUAUCAAAUGCGUCAAUAUCGACACCCGACUACUCUUUGACAGAGAAUAACGUGCAAGUAGAUCUUGCGGGUUCCGUACCACAGGGGAACCGUAUACAAAGUCAAGCAUCAUCUGAUUCGAGUUUAGGCGAUAGUGAAGUCCGAAAUUCAAUUACUAGAGAGAAAGACGAUGAAUUAAAAGAAAAAGAAGUAAAGUACGUUACAGUGCGAUAUCCGCCUGGAGCGAGAACCAGUAAAACAACUCAUCCAACUGCAAAUGUUUUGCCUGAUAUAAAGCAAUCCAUCGUUGCACCAGAAAACGAUGAAGGGAGACAGAAAGAUGGAAUCUUGUCAACACUUGCGCAUGCAGCUUCGCAUAUAGUUACUAGCGCGAGAGCCCCAGAAACCGUUCUUAAUGAACAGUCAGUCGAAAGUACGCCGAAGCGAAAACUGGACGGUAGCUUAUGGACUAGACCAGACACAUCAUCAUCCAUUGUGUCCUCUACCAGUACUCUCCAUCCAUCGUCCCCCUCAAAAUAUAGAUCAUCUACACCUGGCUCGCCCUCCUCGUUAUCCCCAUCAUCACCGAUGCCACAGUCAGCCGCACCGAGCCCUGAGCCUGUGGCGCUAGAAGCUUCAAUCGAUGCACCGGUAGCUGACAACUCGCCAAACACAUCUGAAGCACUCCCAACUCGCCAAUCACGCGAGAACACAAUCGAGACUUGUGAAUCUGCACUCGAACAUAUGUCUCAAUACACAGAUCUACAAAAUGAAUUGGGUAAUAGUGACCUGGAGAAAGACAAUUUGAAUAGUUACCAACAAGUUGAAAUUGACUGGUUCAAGAGCUUGAUUGUUGUUGCUGAGAAACUAAAUGAUCUAAAGGAUACUUAUAGGGCCAUUCAAGCAAUGAAACGGAGAAAAGCUGCUACGUCGUAG